CUGCAAAAGUUUGAAGCUUGACGACUUUUCAGCUGACCCAGAAAAACGAGCGGAGAAGAUGGAGAAGAUGGAGAAGAAGCUUAUGGAUGCAGCCAUGGCGGGAGAUACGGGGGCGCUUAAUGAUCUGAUCGCAGAGGACCCACUUGUUUCCGACAGAGUUUUAGUCUCCUGCGUCGCCGAGACGCCGCUUCACGUAGCUUCAAUGCUGGGUCACCUGGCUUUUGUUACCGAGUUACUUAGUCGCAACCCCGAGUUGGCCUCCGAGCUAGACUCGCAGGGGUCAACGCCUCUCCACCUGGCGGCAGCGAAGGGGCACGUGGAGAUAGUGAAAGAGCUGGUUCUGGCGGAUCCUGGGGCGUGUGCGGUGAGGAACUUAGACGGGAGGACGGCGCUCCACGUCGCGGCUGCCAAGGGGCGGGUUAAGGUGGUGGGUGAGUUGGUCGGAGUUGGGAGUGAGUGGACUCGGGCGUUGACGGACAGAGGCGAGACGGCGCUGCACUUGUGCGUUGGGCGUAAUCGGUUGGAGGGGUUGAAGGUUUUGGUUGAGGCAGUUGGGAAUGAUGAUGAGUUUAUGAAUUGGAAGGAUUGUGAUGGUAACACCGUUUUGCAUAUUGCCGUGGCCAAGAAGUUAAUCGAGAUUAUCAAAUUCUUGCUUUUUGAAACUGGAGUGAAUGUGAAUGCGUUGAAUGCAAACAGCGCUACGGCUUUAGACAUUCUGAUGCAGAGUCCUAGAGAUUUGAGGGAUAUGGAGAUUGAGGAUUUCCUUCGAGGUGCUGGGGCUCAGAGUGCAAGGGAUAUACGUAACAUUGAGCACGACUGGGUUCGCGCUCCAACUAAAGAACGUCAGAUACUAAGACAUCGAGGCUUAGCACUGUCCUCGAAAGUGAGUGAGUCUAUGAAACCGGGUGGGAACAAGAAGCCUACUGAUUGGCUUGGUAGGAAGAGAAGUUCAUUGAUGGUGGUGGCAUCUCUCCUUGCAACUGUUGCCUUCCAAGCUGUGAUAACCCCUCCGGGAGGUGUUUGGCAGGAUGACCUGCAAGUCGAUGAAAAUGGCAACCCUGUGGAGAAUCCUCACACCGUAGGAACAUCUGUCAUGGCAUAUAAGCAGGGAAAAGAAUAUGGUCUAGUAAUGAUUUUUAACACAAUCUCUUUCCUCGCAUCCCUGAGCAUAAUUCUUCUGCUCGUUAGCGGGCUACCUAUCAGACGGAGGAGAUGGAUGUGGAUACAAAUGGUCAUAAUGUGGGUUGCUGUCACAACUCUAGUAGCAACAUAUUUCAUCUCUUUCCGUCAAAUGUCACCUAAUGACGAACAUGUGCAGAUCCUGUUACGUAAGGUAACCGAGAUAUCAGGUUGGACAUGGUUGACUUUAAUGGUGGUUGUUUUCUUUGGCAAUGUUAUUCGUAUGAAUCUAUGGAUUCUCAGAAAGUAUGGUUAUAUUAAGCCAAAACAUGUGGAGCCAUCUAACGUUGAUGAUGAACUUGAACUCGAAGAGGUGAGAACCGAGGAUUAAAGUGAACAGCUCUCGCUCUUUUAUCGCUUCACAACACAGAACUCGUCAUUGCAGUAUUGCGGAUGUGUUUAACACUAAAUUCAUUAAUCCGGGCGUGGUAUCUGGUUCUGAUACUGGGUGUCAAAUUAGUCUCCUAGCAACAAAUUUGGAUGAUGAUAUUGCAGUUGAAGCCUUUACUGUAUGAUGAUUUGAGUUGGAGGGGUAAACUUUCCGUUCUUGUACAACUAUUCCUCUGUUAAUGGCAGUAUAUUGAAUGCUGUCCUUCAAAUUGUGCAGGUCACGAAUCUUCGUGGCUCGGAGAUGGCAUGCUGUUCUGUAUUUUGUGUUCUAUCUGCCAUCCUUGUAAAUUUUGAGGGAUACUAGACUCGAAGAAGAUAUUCUUUGGAGAUAAUUUUGAUUUUUUGCUCUCA